ACCGACGGCCGCGAUCGCGCCACGCCGCCCUGGGCCGGGCCCCGAGAAGGUUCGGAUGCCCCUGGUUUUCUAAUCCCUGCGCACAGACAGAGAGGGGGGAGGGAGAGCGAGCGGGCACAUCGUCCCUCGCAAUAUUCUUUUCGGAUUUGCUCCGCUCCAUGCCCGUGUCCAUCUCAUACUACAGGCCACCAUCACCCACACACGGCCACACCCAGCACCAGCGGAGCGGCGGGGGCGGCGGCGCCAUCACCAGCACCAGCGCAGCGCGGAGGCGGACACGGUUGCCCCGGCCGCGGCGGGCUACAGGCCUGCGCUUCCUCGGCGGCGUCCCCUCCCGCCAAGCUAAGGUCUUCCAGUGAGGUUUCUUGAAGGUCACCAAUGGGUCUGGACAAUACUUAUGGGGAGCUAUCAGGCAUGUUCUGUGGAGGCCUGUCUUAUGAUGGUUACACAGACCACAGCAGCUCAAGUGAUUAUUUCAGGUUCAGCGAUCCACUGCCUGCUGUUGUGCCCCAUAUGGUGGCAGAACCCCAUUCCAAUCCUUCCUCCAUUUCAAGGGCCAACACUGAAACUGACAACCCAGAGGAUUGGGAGUUCAUCUCAGAUGAGUCCCUCAACUAUAUUAGCCGGAUGCUCUUGGAGGAGGAUAUUGAUGAGAAAGUCAACAUGUACCAGGCGGAGUCAGCGGCACUGCGUGCUGCUGCAAAGCCCUUCUACGACAUUCUUGGGCACAAGUUUCCACCAUCUCCUGAUCACCAGCCGAUACCUUGGUCUGUGGAGAGCCCCAGUGAGAGUGGCAGUAACAGUUGUACACAAUCUGUGGCAAGUACCGUUACUAGCAGCAGCAUUGGUGGCGCAGUGGAUAGCAAUCGGCGCUAUGAUGUUGGAGGACGUGAGCAGUUAGAAGCUUAUGGAGGCUUGUGCGGUCAGUCUUCUCAACCGCUUGUUGGUCCACCAAGAGAUGCUUGUAGUGCAGUGGGUGUGCUAGAAGACCCUUUAAUCACAAAUGGACGGAUACCUGAGUAUUUGUUUGAGAGCCUUCCAACUUGGGAUUUUAGGAGAGGCAUUGAGGAAGCCCAGAAGUUUCUUCCUGUUAGCAAUAAAUUAGUGAUUGACUUGGAAUCUAGUGCUGUCGCAAGACCCCAAGAAGCAAGGAAAGAUGCUUCUUCAAAUGCUAGGAAGGCAAAUGUGUUGAAUGCCAAGAAAAACAGACAGAGUGAAGACCUUGACCUGAUGGAAGGUCGGAACAUUAAACAGUCUGCAUUCUGUUCCGAUGAGCCUGAUUGGAUUGAGAUGUUUGAUGAUUUACUUCGGCAAACUGAGAAGAAGGCUACAGAUCUGCGGGAGCUGAUGCGCAAUGAAGCUUCCAAGAAUUCUCAGGUCACUCAGACGAAAGGACCAAGUGGGCCACGGACACGGGGAAGGAAACCAACAAAGAAGGAUGUGGUGGACCUUAGAACCAUCCUCAUCCACUGCGCACAGGCUGUGGCAGCCGAUGACCGCAGAACUGCUAAUGAAUUGUUAAAGCAAAUAAGGCAUCAUUCCAAGCUAAAUGGCGAUGGCACCCAGAGGUUGGCACAUUGCUUUGCAGAUGGUCUGGAGGCUCGCCUGGCAGGCACAGGGAGUCAGCUUUACCACAAGCUUGUGGCGAAACGCACUACUGCCUCUGACAUGCUUAAAGCCUACCACCUUUACCUUGCAGCAUGCCCGUUCAAGAGGCUUUCUCAUUUUCUUUCCAAUCAAACAAUCUUGAAUAUGACCAAAAAUGCAUCAAAGGUGCAUAUCAUUGACUUUGGUAUUUAUUUUGGCUUCCAAUGGCCAUGCCUAAUCAGGCGUCUCUCCAAGAGGGAAGGUGGUCCACCUGUUCUGCGCAUAACUGGAAUUGAUGUACCUCAGCCAGGUUUCCGACCUACCGAGAGAAUUGAAGAGACUGGACAAAGGCUUGCAGAAUAUGCUAAGAAGUUUGGUGUCCCUUUUGAGUAUCAGGGAAUAGCAUCAAAGUGGGAAACCAUCCGUGUUGAGGAUCUUAAAGUUGGCAAGGACGAAGUUGUGAUUGUUAAUUGCCUGUACCGGUUCAGGAAUCUGAUUGAUGAAACGGUUGCUGUAGACAGCCCUAGGAAUAGGGUUCUCAACACCAUAAGGCAAGUAAACCCAGCGAUUUUCAUACAUGGAAUUGUGAAUGGGUCGUACAGUGUUCCCUUCUUCAUCACACGUUUCCGUGAGGCACUGUUCCAUUUCUCCGCAUUGUUUGACAUGCUAGAGACAACUGUCCCACGGGAUGAUGCUCAGCGUGCACUUAUAGAGAGGGAUUUGUUUGGCCGAGAGGCACUCAAUGUUAUUGCAUGUGAGGGCUCGGACAGAGUUGAGAGACCCGAAACAUACAAACAGUGGCAGGUGAGGAACCUCAGGGCUGGAUUUGUUCAGUCACCUUUAAACCAAGAACUUGUGAUGAAAGCCAAGGACAAAGUGAAAGACAUUUAUCACAAGGACUUCGUCAUAGAUGAAGACAGCGGAUGGCUCCUUCAAGGCUGGAAAGGAAGGAUAAUCUAUGCCAUAUCUACAUGGAAGCCUAAGAAUAACUAGGUUCUUGGUCUCAUUCUGUGUCUCCUAUUAAUUCCAUUGUUGGAGGCGUGGCUAAACCACAGUCAUGCUAUAUUAUGCGUUUGGACCUUGACCUGUGAAUCUGUCUGCUCAAGGAAAUAUCUUGAAGAGGGAACAAUGAUCAAUGUGGGAUCUUUGUUAGAUUUACAUCUGUCCAGCCAGUACUGCGAUAAACUGGAGGAAAGGAGCAGUUGUUGACCUCUCUUCCUUGGCCUUGGUACCAUCACCCUUAUUUAAUUCGUAUUUUUCUUCUUUCCAGUUACUUCUGUGACCAGAUCACAGCUUCUAUUAUUAGUUAAUUAGCUAGCCAACUACCUACUAUCUUGAGCUCUGUAUUUUUUUACUUUCUUGUAACCAUCCAUGUCAGCAAACAUGAGUCCGGUUUUCAGCUUCAUCAGAUCAAAUAUUCCCCAACAAGUAAGCAUAAAGCAUCUGCAUUUGUUCUACGAGAAUGGCCGGUACUGUUUUGUUGACUAUAGUAAAUAUCUCAUGAAGUGCUUUGCUUUU